UUUUUAUUAUUAUUAUUAUUUCUUAUGUCAAGUAUGGAUUACGCACUCAACUCAAUGGAAACUACUUCAGCACCUAUGCAACAUAGAUUCGAGCCUUAUGAUGACAAUGGAGGUACUUCCUUGGCUAUUGCAGGAAAGGAUUUUUGUUUGAUUGCUUCUGACACCAGACAAAGUACUGGUUACAGCAUCAAUUCAAGAUAUGCACCCAAAGCCUAUAAAUUAACAGAAACAGCAGCUAUUGCUAUGAAUGGAUUUCAUGCUGAUGGUUUAACUUUGAAGAAAGUACUUGAUCAAAGACUCAAGUGGUAUAAAUUCAAUCAUGAAAAAGACAUGUCUGUCACUGCCUUAGCACAAAUGCUUUCCAUCACAUUGUAUCAAAGACGAUUUUUCCCUUAUUAUAGUUUUUGUGUUUUAGGUGGUGUUGAUGAAGAGGGUCGUGGUGCUGUUUAUGCUUAUGAUGCUAUUGGAUCAUUUGAACGUGAAAAGUGUCGUGCGAAUGGCUCAGCAUCUGCAUUGAUUCAACCCUUCUUGGAUAAUCAAGUCAGUAAAAAGAAUAUGGAAAAUGUUGCAUUUGAAGACAUGGAAUUGGAUGAAGCACUUCGAAUUGUAAAGGAUGCAUUUACUUCUGCUACAGAACGCGAUAUUUAUACAGGUGAUAACCUUGAGAUUUUCAUUAUUCGUAAAGAUCAACCUGUUGAAGUUCAACUUGUACCUUUAAAGAAAGAUUAAAUAAAGUCACAAGUUCAUUUUUUAUAUAUA